AUGACCUUCCAGCUCGUCGCCAAUGUCCAACUCGAAAAACGGCUGCUCACAGCGGAGGAGUUGCGAGAGAUGUGGGGGCUAGAUGCCGUUCAGAUGCCGAAAACCAUUCCAGUCACAGAGUUACACUGGCAAUACUGUCUAGGCAAAGUGCUGUGGUGUAUCUUCGAAGGCGAGGGUGAUGCAGACAUCAUCCUGGGCCGGUCCCUCCAGAUCGAGGCAGAACGAAGAUUCCCUGAGUUUCAUCACACGCCAGAACCGCUCCGUGACCUAAUCAAACAUUGUACCGCUGGAGCUCGCGAAUGGAAGGAUGGGCCGAUGGGGAUCGUCCGUCGAGGAGGGAAAGUCUAUCCACUCGGUCGUUCCGGUGUCAAUGGCGAACCGGUGGCCACGUUGGAAGAAACGAAACAAGCCAUUCAGCCGUUCUGGCAGCGUGAGGUGACUAAAGCAGAGCAGUUUGUCCUGGCGAAAAUAGCAUACGACACGGGAACUGCCCGCGAGACCGAUGUGGAACUACUAGAUUAUCUAAGACGGCCAACGCUGAGGGAAGUACUGGAUACUUUGAAUGGAUUUUCCUUGCCAGCAUUGUAA